CCCUGGGCUGCUAGGGCGGCGGCGACCUCGGCGGCUCGCAAGGAUUUGAAACCGUUUCUCUGUGGCGGCGGCGGCGGCGGCGGCGGCGCGGCCGACCGGAAAGCUUGCAUACUGAGUUAUGGAAAUAGGAAGUGAAGAAGAAAAAUGGGAGAAGCUGGAUGCAGAAUUUGAUCACUUUGUGGUAGAUAUGAAGCCCUUCGUUCUAAAAUUACCCCAUAGGUCAGAACGGCAGAGGUGUGCACUUUGGAUCAGAAAACUGUGUGAGCCUUCAGGAACAGGUGCAGGAAUAAUGGGCAGGAAGAAUCGAAACCUGUAUGCAAAACUGUUACUGCACAUGCUGAAGCGAGGAGUGCUUGAAGGCCCCUUUACACACCGACCUGAACCAGGGACACUGAAAACCUUACCUUCCUACAUGUCCAUCUAUUUUGAUGAACCAAAUCCAGCACGAGCAAAAGGUUCAAGCCCGGAAGGAUUACCAGACUGGGUAAUGGGUGAGCUGGGGACCAGUGAACACAGAUUAAAUGAAUCAUGGAAGCUUUCUUCCGGAGAAGAUUACUCUUUGGUGCAGUCACCAACUGAUGUACACAGUAGGGAACAAUACACUGCGAAGCUCCAAAUGAGAUCACAUUCUAUGAGUCCAACCUCCAGAGAAGAUGGACAAAAUAUUACCCCAAAGAGUUGUGAAGCUCAUUCCAAAAAAUCUGCUGUUUCUUUGGAUGACAGCGACAUCGAAGCUCGCCUUAAUAGUUGGAAUCUUGGGAUAGAAAAUCCUCGAUACCUGAGACAGAAGCCAAUCCCAGUUUCUCUGUUGGACAUAAAAACAAAAAUGCUGGAAGCUAAAUGUCAUGAGGAGAAGCUUAAACUGCAGCAGAAACAUGAUGCCGACGUUCAGAAGAUUUUAGGAAGAAAGAAUAAUGAAAUAGAAGAAUUGAAAACUUUAUACAAAAAGAAACAAAAUGAGAUGGAGGAGACUAUUAGAAAACUUGAAAAAAAAGUUCAGGCCCUUAUUCGUGACUGUCAAGUUAUCAGAGAGACCAAAGAAAACCAGAUUACAGAGCUAAAAAAGAUAUGUGAACAGAGUACAGAAUCUCUGAAUAAUGAUUGGGAAAAAAAGCUCCACAAUGCCGUCGCAGAAAUGGAAAAGGAAAAGUUUGAUCUUCAAAAGCGGCACACAGAAAAUAUUCAAGAGUUGCUCGAGGACACAAACGUGCGUCUGAAUAAAAUGGAAGGUGAAUACAUGGCCCAGACACAGUCCACGAACCAGGUGGUCAAGGAGCUGGAGUCACGUGUCCAGCAGCUGACUGGAGAAGCAGAGAACAGUAACUUACAGAGACAGAAAUUAAUGCAAGAAAAAUUGGAGCUUGAAAGAUGUUACCAGAUAACAUGUAAUGAAUUACAAGAAGUAAAGGCAAGGCGCAACACACUGCAUAAAGAGAAAGAUCAUCUUGUAAACGAUUAUGAACAAAACAUGAAACUAUUACAAGCCAAAUAUGAUGCUGAUAUAAGCCUUCUGAAAAAGGAGCAUGCUCUUUCAGCUUCUAAGGCAUCUGGUAUGAUUAAAGAACUAGAAGAGAACAUCUGUCAAUUAAAACAGCAGCUCCAGGAAUCAGAACUUCAAAGAAAGCAACAACUAAGGGAUCAAGAAAAUAAGUUUCAAAUGGAGAAAAGUCAUUUAAAACGCACCUAUGAAAAAAAGAUUAAUGACCUGCAGAGUGAACUUGAUAAAGAGAAAGAAGAUGCUCAAAAGAAAAUCCAUAAAUUUGAGGAAGCACUGAAGGAAAAAGAGGAACAGCUGACGCGUGUGACUGAAGUUCAGAGGCUGCAGGCCCAGCAGGCAGACGCUGCUCUGGAAGAGUUUAAGCGGCAGGUGGAACUGAACUCAGAGAAAGUGUAUGCCGAAAUGAAAGAGCAGAUGGAAAAAGUGGAAGCAGAUCUAACUAGAUCCAAGUCUCUUCGUGAGAAACAAUCAAAGGAGUUUUUACGGCAGCUGGAGGAUGUCAAACAACAAUAUGAACAGCAGAUAGUAGAGCUGAAGCUGGAGCAUGAACAGGAGAAGACGCACCUAUCACAGCAGCAUAGCGCAGAGAAGGAUAGCCUAGUCCGAGACCAUGAACGGGAAAUUGAAAACCUGGAAAAACAGCUUCGCGCUGCCAAUAUGGAGCACGAAAAUCAAAUCCAAGAGUUCAAGAAACGAGAUUCACAGGUUAUUGCUGACAUGGAGGCCCAAGUUCACAAGCUGAGAGAAGAGCUGAUUCACGUAAACUCGCAGCGGAAACAGCAGCUGAUAGAGCUUGGUCUUCUUCGUGAAGAGGAGAAGCAAAGGGCUGCAAGGGACCAUGAGACCGCUGUCUACAAACUGAAGGCUGAGUCAGAAAAGAUGAAGAUGGAGCUGAAAAAGACUCACGCCGCUGAGACAGAGGUGACAUUGGAAAAGGCCAACAGCAGGCUGAAGCAGAUUGAGAAGGAAUACACUCAGAAGCUUGCCAAAUCUUCACAGAUCAUAGCAGAACUUCAGACAACCAUUUCCUCUCUGAAAGAGGAGAAGAGCCGGCAGCAGCUUGCUGCAGAAAGGCGGCUCCAGGAUGUUAUACAGAAGUUUGAAGAUGAGAAGCAGCAGCUGAUUAGAGAUAAUGACCGAGCAAUCAAGGCUUUACAAGACGAACUAGAAAACCGCGCUAACCAGGUGCGAUGCGCAGAGAAGAAACUACAGCACAAGGAACUAGAGUCACAGGAACAGGUAGGCACUCCCCACUGCCGCUGGGCCGGUUGGCCGGCUUCCUGUCCCCAGGCCAAGCCGCUUCCUUACUUCCCGUUGCCCCUGGGGUGCGCCGGCUGCGAGGAGCAGAAUACCCCACCCCUAGUUGGCGGAAGCGGCGUGGGGACCGAUCAGCUCCCAUGA